AGUAGUUAAUGCACUAGACAUAUUUUAUUUGGAAUAAAACAUUAUUUAAGUUAUUAUUUAAAUUAAAUUCUAUUUUCCAUUUCUAAUGUCAAAGAAACAAAAAUAACAUGAAAAAAGAAAUUGCAGUCUGCUAAUUUAAUUUCUAGUAAAGAGUGACAAAAGAAAGGUUUACUCAACCCUAGCCCUAUUCAAAGCCACUACAACUAGCAAAUAGUAAUAUAAACUCUCCCUUAAUUACCCUUUGUUUAUGAUAUUUGUAUUUUUCUCAUUACGAGAUGAUUAAUUUUUCAAAUCAUUACGAAUUGAGGUAAGAGAAUUAAAGUGUACAAAAAGUAAAAGACAUAUGCGAGGCCCACAAAAACUUAUGGGAUGCGAAUCCUCUCUUUUCAUUUCCAUAAAAGAUCCCUCAACUAGUAUUGUUUGAAAGCUGAAUUAGUAUUAACAAGUAGGUAUAAUACCUACUUUUUUUUUUUUAAAGUUCAUUAACAUACUUUUCGCAAAAAUGGUGCACAUUAGUCUUUUUUGCUUACAGCGUUAAAAAGACUAAUAGCAGAACUGUCUAGUUGGCAAAAAUCUGUUGAGUUGUAUAGUUUUGGUUGACGUUUUAAAUUGAAUUGUUGAUUCAUCCUGAAACCAAAGUGAUUCAUGGUUGUUGUUCCCAAAUUUAAAAGCAAAGUUAAGGUUGUUGGUGAUUCGUGCUACAUUUGUUCUCAAAUCUAAAAGCAAAGGUUAGGGUUAUUAGAGAUUCGUGCUACUUGUUCCUAAAUUUAAAAGCAAAGGGUUUCCCAAAAAAAAGCUAUAGGCCUAAUAACUUAUUCUUCACUAAAAUAGACAAGUUAGCCCAAUCUUAUGCCCAUGGCAUGAGUUCAAUAUUCUUGUGGUCUUAUUUGUAAACACUUAACACAGAAUUAUUCCAUAGAUAUUUAAAGAGUUAAAUAGCUAAAAUAUCAUAACUUUAAGAAAUAACUUUUUCAAUUAAGAACGUGAUGGAAGCAUGUGGAGUGCCAAACUGUUUAUCAUCUUGGUAUUGGAUUUAAGUUCUGUUGGCUUUGUACAAUUUAAAAAAAAAGGCCCAACAGGCCCAAACUGGAUUUUUUUAACAUCCUUGGAAACUUAACCUGCUGCACCUUUUCUUAUAUCUCUGAGCACUUUUAUAUGAAUUUGUAAAAUGAAAAAAAAAAAAGUGGCAACUCAAAAAUGGCGACGAUGAAGGAGGGAGGGAGCGAGAAAGCCUCCACCCAAUCUCUUCAACCAUCGUGAAUGAGCAGGGAAACACUUUUCAAUUCUCAAACAAACUAAUGACUUCGAUAACUUCCCAGUUCUCUUGGGUGCUUUCCAGUUCUUCGUCAGUCUUGGUAGCUAAUGAUAAAAGUAAUAAUGUGAGACAUGCUAAUUUUUCUCAAAUCCCUUCCUGGUUCUCUUUGAAAAGCAGUCCUCCUUCAUUGAGGACCAAUCCAAAUAAACAAGGCGAAGUUGAAAACUUGCAUUUGAUUUCUUUGACCAAACAAGGGAAGCUUAGAGAAGUGCAUGAAUUCAUUGAAAGGAUGGACACAGAGGGUAUUUCCAUUAAUACCCAAUCUUAUGAAUAUCUCUUUAAAAUGUGUGGAACGUUGAGAGCAUUGUCUGAUGGAAGAUUAUUUCAUAAUAGACUGCAGGGAUUCUCCAACAGCAAUAGGUUCAUUGACAAUUGCAUCCUCCAAAUGUAUUGUGACUGUAAAAGUUUCACAGCCGCAGAGAGAUUCUUUGAUAAAAUGGUUGAUCGGGAUUUGCUCUCUUGGGCCACCAUUAUAUCUGCUUACACAAAGGAAGGGCAUACAGAUGAAGCUGUUAGAUUGCUCUUGCAUAUACUGGAUUUGGGCAUUAAACCGAACUCCUCUAUCUUCAGUACACUUAUUAUGUCCUUUACAGAUCCUUCAUUGUUAGACCUUGGCAAACAGAUACAUUCUCAGCUGAUAAGGAAUGAGUUUGCUGCUGAUAUUUCUGUGGAGACAUUAAUCUCCAAAAUGUACGUCAAGUGUGGGUGGUUGGAUGGUGCUGAAGUUUCCAUUAAUAAGAUGACUAGGAAAAAUGUUGUUGCAUGCACCAGGUUGAUGGUGGGCUAUACUCAAGCUGCAAGGCACAGUGAUGCUAUGUCGUUAUUUGCCAAGAUGAUAAGUCAAGGUGUAGAGUUGGAUGAAUUUGUCUUUUCUAUAGUGCUCAAGGCUUGUGCUGCUUUAGGAGACUUAUACACUGGAAGGCAAAUUCAUAGUGUUUGUAUAAAACUUGGCUUGAAAUCCGAGGUCUCGGUUGGUACUCCACUUGUGGAAUUUUAUAAUAAGUGUGCAAGAUUUGAUGCUGCACAUCGAGCUUUUGAGACCAUAUGAGAACCUAAUGAUUUCGCAUGGAGUGCUUUAAU